AUGUUAUCAUUAAAAAACGUGUAUAUUUUCCAAGCCAGUAUUGGAAUCUUCACCAAUGCCUUCCUCUUUCUCUUCCACAUCUUCACCAUCCACCAAGAUCAUAGGCCCAAGCCCACCGAUGUGACCACCUGCCACUUAGCUUUUGUCCACAUAGUGAUGCUACUGACUGCACUGGAUAUUUUAUCUGCAGACAUAUUCAAGUCACUGAAUUUUCCAAAUGACUUAAAAUGUAAGGCUUGGCUGUAUUUGAGCAGGGUGAUGAGGGGUCUGUCCAUCUGUACCACCUGCCUCCUUAGCGUCAUCCAGGUCAUCACUAUUAGCCCCAGCACCUUCUUCUUGUCAAGAUUUAAACAUAAAUUCACAAAUUAUAUUAGCGACACAUUCUUCUGUUUUUGGUCUCUCAACUUAUCUUCCAAUAGUUACAUGAUCAUCUACACAGUAGCUAAUUCCAACAUGACUAAUCUCUUCAAUAUCAAUAAGUUCUGCUCGCUUUCCUCAAUGAACCCCAUCAUCAUGGAACUAUUUUUAACAGUCGCAUUAUCCCAGAAUGUCUUCUUUGUAGGACUCAUGCUGCUCUCCAGUGCCUACAUGGUGAUUUUCUUAUCUAGCCAUCAGAGGAGGUCUGAUUACCUUCACAGCAGGAGGGUGUUCCCAAGAACCUCCCCAGCAAAAAGGGCCACCCAGACUGUCCUGUUGCUGGUGAGUUUCUUUGUGAUCAUGUACUGUUUGGAUAUCAUAAUGUCAUCUGUCUCAACCAUAUUGGGGAAAUAUGAUCCAGUUGUCCUUGAUGUCCAGAGACUUGUGGGAAAUGUCUAUGCCACUGUCAGUCCUUUGGUGCUUAUUAGUUCUGAUAAAAGAAUCGUUGGUAUUCUGCAAAGCAUGCUUGAUAUGGCAUCAAUUUUAACAAGUCGAUGA